AUGGAGCAGCACAACGGCACGGGAGGGGGGAAGCUGGGCCGGUAUCCUCCAUGGCCAGGAAAGAUUGUUAAUCCACCUAAAGACCUGAAGAAACCUCGUGGAAAAAAGUGCUUCUUUGUGAAGUUUUUUGGAACAGAAGAUCAUGCUUGGAUCAAAGUGGAGCAGCUGAAGCCUUAUCACGCGCACAAAGAGGAAAUGAUAAAGAUUAACAAGGGUAAGCGCUUCCAGCAAGCCGUGGAUGCUGUAGAGGAGUUUCUUAGAAAAACCAAAGGCAAGGACCAGGCAUCUUCCCAUAACUCCAGUGAAGAGAAGAAUCGUCGUAAUUCCAGUGAAGAGAGAGGCAAGCAAUCUGCUGGUGAAGAGAAGCGCAAAGCCAGUUUGUCUGAAGGGAAGUUGAAGAAGGGCACAGGGGAAGGAAAAAAGAGGGUCUCUUCUGUAUCGUCAGAGAGAGGAUCAAAAUCACCUUUGAAAAGAGCCCAGGAUCAGAGCCCCCGAAAGCGGGGGCGUCCACCCAAGGAUGAGAAGGACCUCACAAUUCCAGAAUCAAGUACAGUGAAGAGAGUGAUGACUGGAACAGUGGCUGGAUUCAAAUGGCCACCAAGUGUCAGUGAGGUGAGAAGCCCUGGGUUUCACCAUCCUUCCCCUGAAUGUUUUGUCCUCUUCAUACAGCCAGCUGUCUGCUACCAAGCUAUCACAAAGAAGCUGAAGGUUUGCGAAGAGGAAACGGGAUCCACCUCCAUCCAGGCAGCAGACAGCACAGCAGUCAACGGCAGUAUCACACCUACAGACAAAAAGAUAGGAUUUCUGGGACUUGGCCUGAUGGGAAGUGGCAUUGUCUCCAACUUGCUGAAAAUGGGUCACACUGUCACUGUCUGGAAUCGGACUGCUGAGAAGUGUGAUUUGUUCAUCCAGGAGGGGGCACGACUGGGAAGAACCCCUGCUGAAGUUGUCUCCACCUGUGAUAUCACCUUUGCCUGUGUAUCAGAUCCCAAGGCAGCAAAGGAUCUGGUACUUGGUCCGAGUGGAGUGUUGCAGGGGAUUCGCCCAGGGAAGUGUUAUGUGGAUAUGUCCACUGUGGAUGCAGAUACAGUCACAGAGCUGGCCCAGGUGAUAGUUUCCCGGGGCGGUCGCUUCUUGGAGGCACCAGUGUCAGGAAAUCAGCAGCUGUCUAACGAUGGAAUGCUCGUGAUCCUGGCAGCUGGUGACAAGGAUUUAUAUGAGGACUGCAGUAGCUGUUUCCAAGCAAUGGGGAAGACCUCUUUUUUUCUAGGUGAAGUAGGCAACGCCGCGAAGAUGAUGCUUAUUGUGAACAUGGUCCAAGGCAGCUUCAUGGCUACGAUAGCAGAAGGACUGACUCUGGCUCAAGUAACUGGUCAGUCCCAACAGACCCUUCUGGAUAUCCUCAAUCAGGGUCAACUUGCCAGCAUCUUCCUGGACCAGAAGUGCCAAAAUAUCUUGCAAGGAAACUUUAAGCCUGAUUUCUACCUGAAAUACAUCCAGAAGGAUCUUAGAUUAGCUAUUGCAUUGGGCGAUUCUGUCAACCACCCAACUCCCAUGGCAGCUGCAGCCAAUGAGGUCUAUAAACGAGCAAAAGCAUUGGACCAAUCGGACAACGAUAUGUCUGCAGUGUACAGGGCCUACAUCCACUAGGCUGCACCAUUCUUACUGUUAAUACUAUGAUUAUUGAUUAAUAUUAUUAUGAUACUGGGUUUUAACUCUGGACCAGUCCAUCUCUGUCUCUCCAUUUCCUUUUAUACACAGACUUUGAGACCUGCCACGAAGGCAGCUGCUGCGGUGACCUUCCCCUGGUGGCAAACGGGGGGGAGGAGGGGGCUCGGAUUGUUGCGCUCUGAUUAGAAAAUCCAUGCCAUGCACUGACAGUCAUGGAACAGGACAGUGGCGGCUUGUUCAGAAGCUCUGAGGCAACUCUGCCAGAAAUCUGCUGCUUGGCUGCUUUUGUUUUCCUCUUUGUAUGCUUGUCCAAGAUGCUGUUUCUAA